CAGCAUGUCCGACGCCCCGUUAAACAAAUUCAAACCCUAAGUUCCUCUCGUCUCCCCUUUCCUAUAAAUACUCCCCCUACCCCACAUUCCUCUCUCUCCUCUUUGUUUAAUUUUCCAAUGGCGACUCCAGCAUUCCUCCUCUGGUCCUCCGCUGCCGCCGCCUCCUCCUCCUCCUCGCAAGAGAACAGAAACGACGGCGGCGCCUCCCAGAACGGACUCCCGCCCGCGCCGGAUCCCAUGGCCAAGGACUCCUCCCCGGCGAGGCCGAAGCCGAGGAAGGCCUCCAAGGCGGCGGCCCCCAAGCGCCCCCCUCAGCGAGGCCUCGGCGUAGCCCAGCUCGAGCGCCUCCGCCUCCAGGAGCGCUGGAAGAAGAUCACCGAGAUCGACCCCGCCCGCGAGGUCCAUCCCUUCCCGGGCCAGCUUCCCGUCUACGAAUACCCCGCCGCCGUCGCCCCUCUCGCCGCCUACGGCGCUCCGGUCCCCCCUCCCGCGCCCGCCGCCGUCGCCGCCUACGGCGCCGGUUGGGUGCAGUCGCCGGGGAUGUGCUACAUCCAGCGGUGCCGGCCGGCGAGCCCAGGACUGGGGGGUUACGGCGGUGGCGCCGUCUCCUCCGUCCGAUCGGUGCUCCACGAGCAGUACUCGUUAGAUCGGUACCGGAUGGGGAUGGGGAGUGGGGAGGGCCGGUUCCAGGUCGGGAUUCCGCUUCCAGAGCCCCCUUCAAACCAAAAGAUGCAGUGCUUCUCCGAUCAGUGCGAGUUCUGUGCCCGGAAGAAGCGUCUGUUCGGCGACAAUCCAGGGUUCAGCGGAAACAACGGCGUGGAUUACUUCGAGAUGGAUCUGGCCGCCGCUAUGGCUGUUGAUCAAGAAUCGCAGGGCUUGUAUGGAUGCGGGCAUAGAAGUGGGAAAGCGAUGAUGGAGAGCAGCGAGGUGAUCAAGGAGUUCGACUUCUUCCCCCAGAGCCGGAGCGCGUCUUUGGGACAUUCCGAGUUCGGUAAUCGGACGGCUGGAGAUGCCUCCUCCUCCUCCUCUUCCUCCGCCGCCGCUUCUCCCAGUUUUGUCGACCUCUCUCUUAAGCUCUCCGUCUAAAAGGAGCCCCUCUCUUCUCUUCUUCAGCUUCUUGUUCUUGUUCUUGUCGUUUCUGUUGUUUUGUUCUUGUUCUUGUUUUUUUUUUUUCUCCCUAAGCUCUAACUCUGGUGCUCCUUGUUCUCUAUGUGAUUAAUGUCAGUAGCUUUUGAUUUGCA